AUGUACGACCUCUUCCUUACCGCCGUCGGCCUGACCCCUCGAGGACUGGGAGCAGAAACUUUCUCUCCUGGCGGAUCGGGGGUGGAGGCCGAGGAGGAAGAGUUCUGGUCAGCUACGAACGAAGAAGAGAAGGUCGGCGGCGUCCCAAGCGGCAGCGGCGGCGUUGUUGCUGAAAGUAGCCGCGGUGGUAUGAUCCCCCGCCGGCAGGAACAGCAGCAGCCGGCUGCGGCGGCGGGUGCUGGUGCAGGGGCAGAGAGCGGAAACAACAACAACAACAACAACAACGUCCCAAUAGGAGGUGCAAACUCUUACAGUGCUUCGGCAGUAGCAGGGGUACGCGGUAGAGACACGAUGUUCACAUACAGUGCUUCAGCAGGUGCGGGGUUAGGCGGUAGAGACACGAUAUUUAAUAGUCUUGCAGGUAGCAACCGCUCGGCGCCGGCAGCCGGCGCUCAGCGACCCUCAGCAGGGGCUGAAAUAGCGCGCACGCAUCCGGGCGAAGCAUCUGACGGUCAGGACGCCUCUGUUGACACGGUCGCUGACGCAAUGUGCACGGCAACGGGAGCCGAGGGGACUGCCAGAAGAAGAAGGAGGCUAUUGGGCAGUAACGCGGCAGUAGGGCCGGAAUCAGCAGACUCGAGAGCCUCUCGCUCCCGAACUUUUUCGGCCACCACACCUCGACUCUUCAGGCGGGGCAACCCUCUGUUCCGCUCGGGCGAUAUAGGCUCCUUCUGGCGCUCGAACGUCUUCGCCGGAAACGCCACCUUUGACGACGAGAAUGACGUAGAAGAGGACGCGGCCGGCACGGCCACUCGUGCCGUGGAAAGGGCGAUCAACGGGACCUCGGCAGUGACGGCAGCAGCGACGGGUGGCCACGCUGCUGCCGCAGUGGCAGGCAUGGAAGGCAAUGGCAGGGUCGCCGGCGGCAACAGUCUGGACAGUACCGAGAGGGGGGAAGGCGGUGACGGCGGAGGACAGGGACGAAUAUUGUUUUACCACAAGCCUACCCUGGCCAACGUGCCAGCUGGCGACAUCCCAGAUGUUGUUCCGGUGUAUCUGGGAUGCCCCAGGGGAAACAUGGCCCUGGGCUUACCAUUGGAUGAGGCGUGGCCAGGAGAAGAACACCAGGACACCACCUUCAACCAGAACCUGUCUUACACCAUCCUCAGCUGGCCGGAAGAUCACGUGCAGGACUUGCUCGAGCUGUGGCGCCUUCAGGUGCUCUUUUUCACGACGAUCAUCUUCAACAUCUUGGUGUCGGCGCUACUUUUUUUCACGGAGAACCCUGACAGAACGCGCGUUGAAGGUUUCGCGAGACCGGGUGCGUUCCCAAGGCCGUUCGAAAAGCGCUCCCCCAUCGAUGACCCGACAGGCUUGAGAUCAGAGGCAAGUAGGCAAUGCGUUCACGUAAAAGAGUCUGCCGAGCGAAAGGCGGCACUUGUUUGUAGCUCGCUUUUUCUCAAUAUGUUUUGCACUUGACCAUGCACCCUCUUCGAGGCAGAGUUCCAGUGCUUCUCGUGGGACAAGGCGGACCGUCCUCAAUGAGCUGGCGUAUUUUUCUCUCCCGUACUCGGGUUUGUGUGGUUGCGCUUUCGUGGUUGCCCCCCACAGCCGUUCCUGUUUUCGUUGAU